UUGCAUCAAGUGGUUUUUACAAUAACAUGCAUGUUACUUAUUAUCUAGCCUGGUCAAUGUGACUCCACAAUCAACUGUAGAAGCAGAUAUGACUGGCUGGGAGUCCCAAAGACAACCACUCAGCAGACACCCAAUGAAGCAACAUAUCCCUACCCAGUCAACCUGUCAAUCAGGAUUAAUGCUCACACAAACCUCCCCUCAGAUACCAGUCUCCUCGUCACUGCUGAAGCUGCUAAAUUGUAAAGUAAGCUAUAUCUGUGAGCGAGCAGAGGCGGUAGCGUUUACGUCCAGGAUAAGUUUUGGAAUACAACACCGAAGACGGCACUUAUAACCGAUUCAGUAGCGCACUACCACUAGAACCACGUCCGUCUCGCUGUUUUCCUGUCGUUCAACGUUUACUAACUUACCUGCGUAAUAAACGAUUAUAUUUAAAAGACAAGACUGACAGUAUACGCGAGUGGGAUAACAUGUCCGAAAUAUUUCAAUUGAAGGGAUUGUUUUAAUUUCCGCCGGGAUCCUAUAUGUCUUGAAACUUCGACUUGGCUGCACAAGAUAGUGGUAGUAUACGGAUAACUCAGAAAAGCACUUUUGAACUCUGGUCUGGCAGGGGGGAAAAACGUCGAGAUUAGAGGUUUACCUUGCUCGGGUCCCAAGUGCAUACAAACGCGUAACAAAGACGUUUGGUUACCCAAGGAGCUGAAGCAAGAUGGAUUUGAAGGUUUUGGGUUCUAUGCUGUUUUUCCCCAUUCAAAUGAUCUAUUACAUAGUCAAAGCAAGUGUGUUGUCACUGCUACCAAGCAGAAGAAAAGACUUGAGCCAAGAGAUAGUUCUGAUCACCGGCGGUGGAAGAGGCAUCGGCCGUUACCUGGCCGAGGAGUUUGCCGAGCAGGGGGCUAAAAAGUUGAUCCUGUGGGGCCGGACAGAGAAGUGUCUGAAGGAGACGUGUGAGCAGAUCUCCCUGAGAGGAACCGAGUGCCACUACUUCCUGUGUGACGUGGCCAAUCGGGAGGAGGUUUACAAGCAGGCCAAGGUGGUCAGAGAGAAGGUGGGGGACGUGACCGUGCUGGUCAACAAUGCAGCGGUGGUGCAUGGGAAGACCCUGAUGGAGAGUGACGAUGACGCUCUGCUGAAAUCCCAGCAUGUCAACACCAUGGGCCAGUUCUGGACGACCAAGGCGUUCCUCCCCAGGAUGCUGGAGCUGCAGCACGGUCAUGUGGUGUGCAUCAACUCCAUCCUGUCUCAGUCUCCCAUCCCCGGGGCCAUCGACUACUGCACCUCCAAGGCCUCGUCCCUGGCCUUCAUGGAGAGUCUGACCCUGGGCCUGCUGGACUGUCCUGGGGUGGGCUGCACCACCGUGCUCCCCUUCCACACCAACACAGACAUGUUCCAGGGCAUGAGAGUCAGGUUUCCCCAGCUCUUCCCUCCACUCAAGCCCAAGACGGUGGCCCAGAGGACGGUGGAUGCAGUCCGGACCAACACUGCCUUCCUCUACCUGCCCUGGACCAUGCACGCGCUCGUCUUCCUCAAAAGCUUCAUGCCCCAGGCAGCGCUUGAAGAGAUCCACAAGUUCUCCGGAAGCUACACCUGCAUGGACACGUUCAAGGGGAGGACGUGAGGGAGGCUGGGGCUGAGAGGGAGAGAGAGGCCAGCCGACACCAUGAACCCUGGGGGGGUGGAGGGGGCGGGGGGGGAGGGGGGUGUAUGAAAGGGAAGCAGUCAUGGACUGGACUGGGACAUUGAGCAAUGCUGGAGGUCUCCUCUUAACUCGGUGGCAACGUGUCUUGGAGACUCCAGAGAAGAUGAAGAUGUUCUUCAGAGCGUGUUGGACUCUCGCCUGGUGUCAUUUCUGAGAUUGUGCGUGUAGCUCGGAGGCCCCCGGAAACCUUGUCACUCUGAAGCCAUAAAUCAGUUGGAAUGAACCACGUUUUGGGAGGUUUUCAGACAAAAUAACAAACCGGUUUGUUUAUGCUACUUUUAUUCUAUGUGUUAUGUGUCUAUGUAUGAUCAUGAUAAUAAAGAAACUG